UUAGAGGUUAUCAUCCUCGACCUGCCUGUGGAAGCCUCGUCAUAGGUGGACGAGUAACUGGGCAAGACUGAAAAAAAAAAAAAAAAAAAGCCUCUCUCUUGCUCGGCGCUCGCUCAUGCUCUCAUCUGAGUCUCUCGGCCGCUGCCUCUGAGUCAUCUCACUCUCAGAGAACCUCAGUCUUAAACUCUUAUCGUCGCCGCCAUCAAUCCCUCAUCGUUGAGCUCUCCUGAAUUCAUGCCAUCGCGUUGCGCCGUACCCUCUCCUCCUCUCGCCUGGUCUGUCUCAUACUCAUGGUGUCGCACACGCACUCCCCGGCAGAUCUGAACUCACUGUGACCAAAACUCAGUCAGACCAGGUCGUUGAAGGAUAAUUAAUAUAAUAUACCCUUAAUGGCAAUUUUUUAGGGUUGGCCAUGCUCACUGUGUCAAAUUUUUACCCAUCUCUGGUUAAACUAAAGCCUUCCUCACUUUCUCCCCCACCUGGUGGUCAAUGCCAUUUGCAUUUCUCUAUACCUCCCUCCCUCGAUUUUAACCAUCGGAGCUUUUCCUUGCGCCAAUCACUUCGUAUUCGAUCUAUUGAUGCCGCUCAGCUCUAUGACUAUGAAUCAAAACUCGCCAAUGAAUUUCAGAAUGCCCAGAAGCUCAAGAUUGCCAUUAUCGGUUUUGGCAACUUUGGUCAGUUCCUUGCUAAGACCCUCACAAGCCAAGGACACAAUGUCUUAGCUCAUUCUCGCUCUGAUUACACUGACAUUGCUCGUAAACUUGGUGUCUCAUUCUUCCCUGAUCCUGAUGACCUCUGUGAAGAACACCCUGAGAUUAUUUUGCUGUGUACAUCAAUAAUUUCCAUUGAGCAAGUGGUGUUGUCUCUUCCGUUGCAGAGAUUGAAGCGAAGUACAUUGGUUGUGGAUGUGCUUUCAGUGAAGGAGUUCCCCAAGAAUGUGCUUCUGGAAGCCUUGCCAUGUGAUUUUGACAUUAUUUGCACACAUCCUAUGUUUGGACCUGAGAGUGCCAGGCAUGGAUGGAGUGGUCUUCCUUUUAUGUAUGAUAAAGUACGAAUUGGGGAUGAAGAUUCAAGAAUUGCUCGUUGCGAGAAGUUCCUUAAUAUUUUUGCAAGAGAAGGGUGUAGGAUGGUUGAGAUGACUUGUGCUGAUCAUGAUAGAUAUGCUGCAGAAUCACAAUUCAUCACACAUACUGUGGGGAGGGUUUUGGAAAUGUUAAUGUUGGAGUCAACUCCAAUAAAUACAAAGGGGUAUGAGAGUUUGUUAGAAUUAGUAGAGAACACAUCAGGAGAUAGUUUUGAUUUGUAUUAUGGGCUCUUUAUGUUCAACAAGAAUUCUUUGGAAAUGUUAGAGAGGUUGGAUUUGGCUUUUGAUGCUUUGAGGAAGCAACUGAUCGGGCGUUUGCAUGAUGUUGUGAGAAGACAGUUAUUUGAGAAUGCUGGAAAGAUGCAAAAUGGUAACCACGCAGUGUUCAAUAAUGAUGACAAUGCAUCCUCCAAAGAUACAAGAAUCCAUGAUUUUGCUCAAAUGUACAACUUCAAGUCAAAUAAUUCCUUCCAGCUUGAUGAGAACUCAAAGCUUAAGAUUGCAGUAAUUGGAUUUGGCAACUUCGGUCAGUUUCUUGCAAAAACUAUGGUACGCCAAGGCCAUGAAGUGUUAGCAUACUCUCGAACAAACUACUCUGAUGUGGCCCAGGAACUAGGGGUCUCUUAUUUCAAUGAUGCAGAUGAUCUAUGUGAGCAGCAUCCAGAAGUGAUAUUGAUUUGCACUUCCAUUCUAUCAACAGAAAAAGUUCUCAAGUCUUUGCCUGUGCAGAGACUAAAGAGAAGUACCUUGUUUGUUGAUGUACUUUCAGUCAAAGAAUUUCCUAGAAACUUGUUUCUUCAACACUUGCCACCUUAUUUUGAUAUUCUCUGCACUCAUCCUAUGUUUGGGCCUGAGAGUGGGAAAAAUGGGUGGAAAGGUCUUCCCUUUGUUUUUGAUAGAGUCAGGGUUGGAAAAGAUGAAUCUAGGAUGUCUCGAUCUGAUCGGUUUCUUGACAUCUUUGCAAAUGAAGGGUGUCGAAUGGUUGACAUGUCAUGUGCUGAGCAUGAUUGGCAUGCAGCUGGAUCACAGUUUAUCACACACACUAUGGGGAGGAUUUUGGAAAGGUUGGGUUUGGAAGCAACACCCAUCAAUAAAGGCUAUGAGACUUUGUUGAGUUUGGUAGAGAACACUGCCGGAGAUAGUUUUGAUCUGUACUAUGGCUUGUUCAUGUACAAUGUAAAUGCAAUGGAACAACUACAGAGACUGGACCUAGCUUUUGAAUCAUUGAAGAAGCAGCUUUUUGGCCGUUUACACGGCGUCUACCGCAAGCAAUUAUUUGAAAAAGAUGAAAUAUAUGCUUUACCGAAGAGGCCCUUGUUGCCAGAGAUGUCUGAAGAUAGCAAUGAGGCAUCAUCCUUCUCAGAAACUGCGGACAUUAAUGAAAAUGAUUUUCAAGUUGCCAUCUUUUGUGGUGGUUGCUCGCUUGAGGCAUGGUCUGCUUCGUGGGCACGCGGGCACAUGUAACAAUAUCUCUUCGCUGAAAAUACCAGUAGGAUGAUGUUAUUAUGUAAUGCUUUAUUCUAGGUGCGUUAUUCCGCUAUAAAUUCUAUUUAGUGGAUCUGUGAAGCUUUCUCUCGACUUGCGGAGAAGCUGGAGAUCACUAGUCUGAUUAUUGAGAGCGACUCUGCAGCUGCCAUCCAGCUAUUGCAAGAGUUGCUGUACACAAGAGAAUCUGCUAGAGGACAACGUGGCAUACACUUCGCAUGUUUAGAGAAGGCAAUAUGUAGGUUCGAUAAGCAUAGUUUUUUGCUAGGAUGAGAGAUUGUGUUGAACCUCUUAGGGAACUGGUCACCUGAUUUGUAUGGAGACACUAUGGGGUUUCGAGUUGCGACUAAUUAUUCUAUUAUUAUCAAAAUGAAUUGUUGUUGGGUUUUGCCCUGAUUUUCACAAAAUUGUAAUACUAAUUCAUCCCA